CCCUGUGAAUGAAUCAUCAAACCGAUCAAAUUCUAUACAAACAUACAACAAUCACACACCAUUUCAAACCCUAAAUCGAAUUCAAUAUCCACAGUAAUCAUCAGAUCACGUAACCGCUUCAUCAAUGGCGGCAUCUGACGGAAGCGAGUACUUCGACGUGGACAUAGAGAGCAGUUACCGCACCUUUUCACGGCGGUCGAACACGACGGAUGUUCAGCGAGACGAGACGGAGCUUCUGUGGGCGGCGAUUGAGCGGUUACCGUCCGGAAAGGAGAAGAAGACGGCGUUGAUGCGACGGCAAGCGUCUGGAUCUAAUCAGCCUGAGAGGACGGAGACUAUAGAUGUUACGAAGCUUGAUCGGCGUAAUCGUUCGCUUAUUGUUAAGAAAGCGCUUGAUACGUCUGAACAGGAUAAUUAUAAACUCCUUGCCGCGAUUAAAGAGCGAUUCGAUAGAGUUGGAUUGGAGGUUCCGAAGGUUGAGAUUAGGUUUGAGAAAUUGAACAUUGAGGCGGAUGUGAAGAUUGGAUCUAGAGCUUUGCCGACUUUGCUUAAUUACACUCGUGAUGUGACUGAGCGUUUGUUAACCAGUUUGAAGAUUUACCAUCCCAAGAGACAUAAUCUAUGUAUCUUGAAGGAUAUUAGCGGCUCAAUAAAACCCGGAAGGAUGACGUUGCUUUUAGGCCCACCUGGCUCCGGAAAAUCUACAUUGCUUUUAGCUCUUGCAGGGAAACUUGACACGAGCUUAAAGAAAAAUGGUAAAAUUACCUAUAAUGGUCACGAACUUAAUGAGUUCUGUGUUCAAAGGACUUCAGCUUACAUAAGUCAAACAGAUGACCACAUUGCGGAGCUAACAGUACGUGAAACUCUUGAUUUUGGUGCAAGAUGUGAAGGUGAAGGGUUUGCAGGAAACUUGAUGAGAGAACUAACACGUUUGGAGAAAGAAAAGAAAAUACGUCCCAGUCCUGAAAUUGAUGCGUUUAUGAAGGCAGCCUCCAUUGCUGGGAAACGGCACAGCAUUUCAACAGAUUACAUACUGAAGGUGCUUGGUCUUGAUGUGUGUUCAGAGACAAUUGUCGGAAAUGAUAUGCUCAGGGGUAUUUCAGGUGGUCAGAGAAAGAGAGUUACUACAGGUGAGAUGGUGGUGGGUCCAAGGAAAACUCUUUUUAUGGAUGAGAUAUCAACAGGGUUAGAUAGCUCAACAACGUGCCAAAUUGUGAAAUGCGUAAAGAAUUUUGUUCAUCAAAUGGAAGCCACAGUGUUAAUGGCUCUGCUGCAGCCUGCACCUGAGAUAUUUGAUCUUUUUGAUGAUCUGGUUCUGUUAUCAGAAGGUCACAUGGUCUAUGAGGGUCCACGAGAAGAAGUCCUUAACUUCUUUGAGUCUUUAGGUUUUCAAAAGCCCUCACGUAAAGGCACUGCAGAUUUUCUUCAAGAGGUCACCUCAAGAAAAGAUCAAGCUCAGUACUGGGCUGAUGCCUCAAAACCAUAUGAAUACAUGUCAGUUUCCAAGAUUUCAGAAGCUUACAAAAAUUCCAUCCAUGGAAAGUCUUCGGAAUCUACCCUUUCUGUUCCAUUCGAUAAAUCCAAGAGCCACGUGUCAGCUUUGAGGAAAAGGCGGUAUGGCGUAUCAAAGUGGAAGCUCUUUAGAGCUUGUUUCUCAAGAGAAUUCGUAUUGAUAAAACGACAAAAGUUUCUUUACAUUUUCAAGACGAUACAGGUGGCGUUUGUGGGUUUUGUUACAAGCACACUCUUUAUAAGAACAAGAUUACAUCCCACAGAUAUGCCAGAUGGAACGUUGUAUCUUGGUUGUUUAUUCUUUGCACUUGUGCACAUGAUGUUCAACGGCUUUACAGAACUCCCACUAAUGAUAGUCCGAUUGCCUGUUUUUUACAAGCAGCGUGAUAAUAAUUUCUAUCCUGCAUGGGCGUGGUCUAUUUCUAGUUGGAUAUUGCGUGUCCCGUACUCGUUUGUUGAAGCUUGCGUGUGGUCUGGUAUAGUAUAUUAUAGCGUCGGCUUUUCUCCAAGUGCAGGAAGGUUUUUCCGUUACGUGUUCAUUCUAUUUUCAAUGCACCAGAUGGCUUUAGGCCUUUUUCGUACACUGGCUGCAGCUGCAAGAAGUAUGAUGAUUGCCAAUACUUUCGGAUCAGCUGCUCUGCUUUCGGUAGUCUUGAUGGGUGGUUUCAUUAUGCCGAAAGAUAUGAUUAGGCCAUGGUGGAUAUGGGGUUAUUGGGUGUCACCUCUAUCAUAUGCUCAAAAUGCAAUAUCUGUUAAUGAGUUCACUUCCACAAGAUGGAUGAAGAAUCUUACCGGUACAAAUACUACAGUGGGGUACGGUGUCCUUCAGUUUCAUGAUCUGCCCACUCAGAACUAUUGGUAUUGGCUUGGAGUUGGUGCCUUGUUAGCUUAUGCUUUGUUAUUCAAUAUCAUAGUCACUCUGACUUUGACUUAUCUUAAACCUCUAAAAGUUGCACAGGUUAUUCUACCUUCAACCAUAGAAGGAGCUGACGAUAAGGCGACAGUUAAAUCUAAAAAAGUUUCUAGAACAGCCGGCAUGAGUCUACCUUUCAAACAGCUGUCAAUGACCUUUCAUAACAUCAAUUACUUUGUUGACAUGCCAAAGGACAUGGUUACGGAAGGUGCAGAAGGUAGGAAGUUGCAACUCUUGUCUGACGUAAGUGGGGUGUUUUUGCCAGGUGUCCUUACUGCACUAAUGGGGUCAAGUGGGGCCGGCAAGACAACCUUAAUGGAUGUCCUUGCUGGCAGGAAGACAGGUGGAUACACUGAAGGGGAUAUCACUAUAUCCGGGUUCCAAAAGGAACAAAGCACUUUCGCUAGAGUGUGUGGUUAUGUCGAGCAAAAUGAUAUUCACUCUCCUCAAGUCACUGUUAUGGAAUCUCUCUUAUUCUCUGCGUUUCUCCGCCUGCCGGAAGAUGUCCCUGAAAAGCAAAGAUGGGAGUUUGUGGAAGGAGUGAUGGAAUUAGUUGAGCUUGAUGUUCUAAAAGAUGCAUUAGUAGGCUUACCUGGCACUACAGGGCUAUCCACUGAGCAAAGGAAAAGAUUAACAAUAGCCGUUGAGCUUGUUGCGAAUCCCUCUAUAAUAUUCAUGGAUGAGCCAACAUCUGGACUUGACGCUCGGGCUGCUGCCAUUGUUAUGCGAACCGUUCGUAAUACAGUUGAUACCGGAAGAACAGUUGUUUGCACCAUUCAUCAGCCAAGUAUUGAAAUAUUCGAAGCAUUCGAUGAGCUGCUUCUAAUGAAAAGAGGAGGACGCGUGAUUUAUGGUGGAAAAGUGGGCAAGAGAUCAGAUAUUUUGAUCAAGUACUUCGAGAGUAUAAACGGGAUUUCACCGAUGCCUAGUGAUUAUAAUCCUGCAAAUUGGAUGCUUGAUAUGACUACACCUGCUGCUGAAGAAAGAAUUGGCCAGGACUUUGCUGAGAUUUAUAAAAACUCUCAGCAGUAUCGAGAAAUUGAAGUUUUGAUUCAGCAAGAGAGUACUCCAAAGGGUGGAUCCGAAGCUUUACAUUUCUCUACAACAUACUCCCAAACUAGUCUGUAUCAGUUUAAAACUUGCUUGUGGAAGCAGAGUCUUGUGUAUUGGAGAAGCCCAGAAUACAAUGCUGUGAGGAUGUUGUUUACAACCAUGUGCGCGCUCAUCGUCGGUUCUAUGUUUUGGGACGUUGGUUCAAAAAGAGACAGCACCCAAAACGUAAUGGUGCUUAUAGGUGCUCUUUAUACAGCUUGUCUGUUUCUUGGUGUAAAUAACGCAUCCACCGUACAACCCGUGAUUGCAAUUGAAAGAACGGUUUUUUACCGCGAAAGAGCAGCUGGAAUGUAUUCUGCAAUUCCUUAUGCUAUAGCACAGGGUCUGGUGGAGAUCCCAUACGUAGCAAGUCAGACAAUAGUUUAUGGUGUGAUUACGUACUUUAUGAUCAACUUUGAGAGGAAUAUCGCGAAAUUUGUACUCUACCUUGCGUUCAUGUUUUUAACUUUCACCUACUUUACCUUUUAUGGAAUGAUGGCAAUUGGUCUUACACCGAAUCAGCAAAUGGCUGCGGUUGUUUCUUCUGCGUUUUACUCGUUAUGGAAUCUUCUUGCUGGUUUUCUCGUCCCAAAAGCGCAAAUACCGGGAUGGUGGAUCUGGUUUUACUACAUAUGCCCGAUAGCUUGGACUUUGAAAGGUCUGGUUGGCUCUCAACUUGCUGACGUGGAAGAACAGAUUGUGGGACCGGAUUUUCAGGGAGCAGUGAAAGACUAUUUGAAGGAAGCACUUGGUAUGGAUUCCGGUAUGAUUGGUGUUUCUGCUGCGGUUUGUUUUGCCUUCAGUCUCCUUUUCUUUCUUGUCUUUGCUCUCUCCCUCAAAUUGCUUAACUUCCAGAAAAGAUAGAUUACACUUUUGUUCCCGACACGAUUACCACGAGUUGCAAGAACCGAGAACGUUAUGUAGCCACAGGCACUCAUAAAGAGUCCAAAGGAACAAACAGAUCGGUUAUGAGAUCAUAUCUCUUAUGCUCAUUGCAGCUUCUAUGGCGUCGUUGCACACGUGCCAAUUCUUUAACAGUUUUGAUACACGACUUAGCUUAGGAAUCAUCCUGGUUCUUAUGGUUAAAGAAAGAUGCAUAUGAUAGC